AUGUGCCCAGGGAGCGAGUCUCUGUGGUUUUAUUCCCUCAGUGGACACACGGUGACUGCGAACACAGGCAGCGGGAGUAGCUGGGCGGCUGUGGCUGCGGCCGGCGUGGUGGGGGCCGCUUCUCUUAAGCGCGCCGGAGUCCCGCAGCCGGCAGUGAGGUCUGCUCCGCAGCCGCCGCCGCCGUCGCCGAAGCUCGCAGCGCACCGCACCAUGGCCGCCAAGGUUUUGUUGCUGGGGAGCGUGGUGGCGCUGGCCGCGGCGUCGCUGCGGCCCACCAACCCAGACCAGCUGCACGAGCUGCUGCUGUGGGCGCAGCGGGUCCAGUCCGCUGGGGCGCACUCUGGCGCGCGCCUGCACGAUAAGCCGAGCUCCCAGGAAAAGCCUUCGCACAGCCAGCAGAACGAGCGGCCAGCAGUGCCCAUCAGCCCGCCGCCGCCGCCGCCGCCGCCGCCGCCGCGGCCGCAGCCGCAGGUGUGGUCGCCGCCGCCCGUCGCGGACUCCGUGCUGGAGCUGCUGCGGCCCGGGCUGCCCGCUUACGAGGAGUACGACCGCAACCAGCGCUUCUCGCACUCCUUCCUGCACGGAUACCGACACACCUGACCGCACCACGCUGUAACUGUAACACAAUAAAGCUCGUCACACUCACCAAA